GGUCCGAAGCAGGUUUAAACUUAUCUUCUAUAAUAGCUGCCUUGGUUCCUGGCUUAUCUUAGACAUAUAAGAAAUGUGUUGUUUGAUGGAAUUUAGAAAGUUUUUUUUUGUUGUUGUUCAGCUCACCUGACCUGAUAAAGUUUUCCUGGCAUUGGUUGUGUCUGAUCAUCCUCAUUUGGACUUGGAGUGGUUAGCAUGAGUGGGAGGAGCCAUGUGGUAUCCUCGUUUUCUAAACUUGCUCCAUCCUAAGAGUCAGCCAAGGCUCCUAUCUAGACCUUCACCUUGGCCUACUGAACCAGAGUCUCCAGUAGAGGGGCCUGGGAGUCAGGUUAAACAAGUACCCCAGGAGUUUCUGGGAUAUCAGUGGUAGGGAAAGGAGCAAAAUACUAGGCUUUAAAUCCUGGCUCUGUCACUUACAAAGGGCCCUUGUACAAAUCUCUGGUCCUCAACUACCUCAUCGGUACACUGGGGAUACUACCUCACCGCACCCUUGUGAGGACUAAGGCAGUAUGUAUGUGAAAUCAUCAGCAUGGUACUUGGAAUCCAAGUAGGCAUUCUUCACUCUGAGUAUUACUGACAUUCUGACAAACCAGUUUUAGGAACUUAAGACAUCUUCUUAGGUCAGAGGCAAAUAACAAGUUGUAAUGGUUGAGAUUGUGUGUCACCUUGGCUGGGCCAUGAUUCUCAGUGGUUUGGCAGUUAUGUAAUAAUGAGCUAUGGCAGUUAUGUAAUGAUGUAGUUUGGCAGUUAUGGAAUGAUAUGAUUUGGAGUUAUAUAAUGAUGUAGUCAUCCCCUAUUUUGUGAUCUGAUGUGGACAACCAAUCAAUUGCUAAGGGAGUUUCCUUGGGGGAGUGGCCUGCAUCCAAUAUAUAUGGAUGCUCUGGCAAAGCUUAGUUCUGGAUCCUGCAUCAGGUUGGUCAUCAUUUGACCUCCGGUUCUUGGGACUUGAGCCAGCAGCCUGCCAUCUGACCUGCUGAUUCUGGGAUUCACCAGCUUCUGCAGCUCUGUGAGCCAGCAGACUAUUGUCUGACCUGUUUCGCCAGCAGUCUGUCUUCUGACCUGCUGAUUUGGGUUUGUCAGCCCCUGCAGCCACAUGAGUCAGGAGAAGCCUCCAGCCUGACGUCCGACCCAUGGAUUUGAGACUCGCCAGCCUCCACAACUGCAUAACCUAGAAGAUACCUACUCUAUUCAACAAGAGGAGCCUGAGACUGUACCACCAAAAAGAAGAAUCUGAAUGGAUUUUGAACCACAGUUUUUAAAGAGUUUGAGAGUACUGGGAAAAUCUCCUACACCACACAUAUAGGUAAAGGUUGUUUUUGAUGCAGCUGAGAAGUAUGCAGGCCAUAAAAAAGGAGCAGGGAUCACGUGAAACUAGUAGUGAUGUAGACAAGAUAAUGGUACUUAAUUCUGCUUUAACUGCAGUAUCUGAAGACUUGACAACAGGGGAAGAUCUCCUGCUAAACAAAGGAAGUGUGAGGAAAAACAGGUCUUCGGCAUGCCGGAGAAAGCGGGAGUUCAUUCCUGACGAAAAGAAAGAUGCCAUGUACUGGGAAAAAAGGCAGAAAAAUAACGAAGCUGCCAAAAGAUCUCGUGAGAAACGUCGACUGAAUGACCUGCUUCUAGAGAAAAAACUAAUUGCACUGGAAGAAGAAAAUGCGACUUUAAAAGCUGAACUUCUUUCGCUAAAAUUAAAGUUUGGUUUAAUUAGCUCCACGGCAUAUGCUCAAGAGAUUCAGAAACUCAGUGAUUCUACAGCUGUGAACUUUCAAGAUGACCCAACUUCUCAAUCUAAUGUGGAUGAGCAUGAAGGCUUGAUGGUGGCGAGUGGCUGUAUUUCUGUCAUUAAGCUCUCCCCACAGAGCUCUCUGUCUGAUGUUUCAGAGGUGUCCUCAGUAGAAGGCACUCAGGAAAGUCCUAUUCAGGAUAGCUGCAGAAGUCCUGAAAACAAGAGCCAAAUCAUAAAACAAGAGCCAAUGGAACUGGAGAACGGUGCAAGAGUGCCAAGAGAUGACAGAGGCUCCUAUACAAUGUCUGUCUAUGAAAACCACAUAGGAGUCUCUCCUCAAUGUUUCACAUAUCGAGAAGCUAGUCUGCUGCACAGUAACAAUGCUGAAGCCCUGUGGAAGCCAGAGCUGCACCUGCCACAUGGACCCUCCGGCCAGCCGGGCACCUCAGAUCAGAGCCGCCCCCAGGCCAGCACCAGCAGCUCAGGUACCAGCAGCAGCCCCAUGGUCUGCAGUUGGCUCACUUGCUGCUGCACCCCAACAACCAGGUCCGAUGGCCCAGAUGGCACCCACUGCUGCCGGCAUGGCUGUGGGCUCUGCUGUCAGGCAUGCGCUGGGCCAUGCCAUCACUGGAGGCUUCAGUGGAGGAAGUAAUGCUGAGCCCUCAAGGCCUGACAUCACUUGCCAGGAGCCUCAGGGAGUCCACCAGCAUUCCGCUACCAGCAGCAGUUUGGCGCUUGCCACUUAUGAACGUUUUUGGAGUGUGCCCAGAACCAGAGUGACCUCAAGCUUUGUGAGGAUUUAAGCAAGGUGUUGAAGCACCACAGAUUUGCAAAUGGAUUAACAUCAUCAAGAAGUUCAAACUGAAGAACUGGAAAAUAGGCUGUCAUGACCAAGUGAAUUUAGCAUAAGGCUGUAACCGAUAGUAUUAUUAUGUGUACGAGUACCACUUAAACCUCUCCUCCAUCAUUAACAGCUUCCUUGCUUCAGAAUCACUACAGAAGAGGGUGUCCUUAUUGUAUUGAGAUGAUGUCAAGUCUGGGGCUGGGCAAAUGUUAAACUAGCUGUUGUGAUGUUACUGUUUGUGAAUUAAUUAGAAUAAAGUGAUUUUCUUCCAAGAAAAAAAAAUAUAGGAAAUUAUUUUUCUGGCUACUCACAUUCUCUGCCUCCAUUACAAUUGCUCCUCCAGUAACUCUCAAAGAACAUUAGAGACCGAUGAUGGUGAUUGAUCCUGAUUACCAAGGAGAAUCAGGUGGAUAAUGCAUAAUGGAGGUAAAGAAGAGUAUGUCUGGAAUGCAGGAGAUCCCUUAGGUUGUCUCUUAGUACUAAAAUGCCCUGUGAUUAAAGUCAGUGGGAAACUACAGCAACCCAAUUCCAAUAUGACUAAUGGCUCAGACCCUUCGGUAAUGGUUUGUGUCACCCCACCAGGCAAAGAACCAUGGCCAGCUGAGAUGCUUGCUGAGGGCAAAGAGAAUAUGGGUGGUGGAAGAAGGCAGUUCUAAAUACCAGUUAUGACCCCAUGACCAGUUGCAGAAAUGAGGACUGUAAUUAUUUUUAGUAUUUCUUCCUUGUUUUAUAUGUAUAUGUGGAAUUAUCUUUUUCUCUUCCUUAUUCCAUUACUUAUUGUAAAAUAUAAGAUGUAAAUGGGGCUAGUGUGUUUUCGAUUGUACAUAUUAGCUAUGUCAUGUUAGGCACCCAAGUAUGACUUUAUAAUUGUCUUUAGAGAUUAUGUUGUAUGGUGCCUUGUUGACAAGACUGUGAUGGUUAAGGUUGUCUUUCAAUUUGGCUGGGCCAUGAUUCUCGGUGGUUUGGCAGUUAUGUAAUGAUGCAAUUUGACAGUUAUGUAAUGAUCUAGUCACCCCCCCAUCUUAUGAUCCAAUGUGAACAACCAAUCAGUUGAAAAGGGAGUUUCCUUGGGGGUGUGGCCUGCAUCCAAUAUAUACAUAUGCUCUGGCAAAGCUUGCUCUGGAUCCUGCAUCUGGCUUGUCAUCAUCUGACCUCUGGUUCUUGGGACUUGAGCCAGCAGCCUGCUGACUUUCCUGCCAAUUCUGGGAUUCACCAGCUUUGACAGCCCUGUGAGCCAGCAGUCUCUUGUCUGACCUGCUGAUUUGGGCUCCUCAGCUCCUGCAGCCAUGUGAGUCAGAAGAAGCCUCCAGCCUGAUGCCUGACCCACAGAUUUGGGACUUGCCAGCUUCUACAAUCCUGUGAGCCAUUUCCUUGAGAUAAAUCUCUUUGUGCACACACAAACACACACACACAUGCUUCACUGGUUUUGCUUCUCUAGAGAGCCCAGCCUAAGACACAAGUUAUUGUGAAAGAACAAGUAAGGGCUAUGAGGUUUUCUGUACCUUUCCAGGGAACGUACACAGGCUAUUUCUCAAAAUGGGUUCCUCAGAUCACCUGCAUCAGCUGGCCCCUAGGCUCUAUCCCCGGGUCUACUGAAUCGAAGCCUUUGGGAGAGGGCCCAGGAAUCCUUUCAGUAGGUGUCUCAGGUUAUACUUAAGCACAGUAUGGUUUGAGAACCACUACCCAUCUCCUUUCCUUUUACCAGUGGAUUGGCUGUUAAUAUGAGAGCAGACUGGUGAACAGGCUCUCAAGUUUUCUCAAUUAGUUCUAUAGCAAUUAAAUGAAAAAUUACUCCUGUGGAACAAUUCUCAUUGCCCACUCAUGGUUAUGAAAAUACAUUCUAUUUUGAAGCCAGCAUUUUAAAAGGCAUUUUAAGUUCUCCUUCAAGGACUAAGCAUCAGGAGCUCUCUUUAUAAAUGAUAUAUAUACAAAUUGCAAGGCAGCAGUGCCCACAGUAAGGCCAUUAUGGCAAAAUAGAUAUCGCCAGUGUUUGUUGAAAUGAUCAUAAAAUGGCUUAAAUACUAGAAAUUUAAGAUAUGUAAACAUCCACAGUGUUUGAAAACUUUUGUACAUCAGAGUACAAAAGUGCUUUUGUCUGGCUACAGCUUGCAUUUGCUAACAGUGUAGCAGCAAUAGCACUGGCCUAGGAGACAAGGGAUGCAUCGCUCAUCUGUAAAACCAGGGAGUUGGACAAGAUGAGACAUUCUUAAGCUGGAGUACAUGAAUCAUGGAUGGUGUCAGGGUCUUUAGUUCCCCUGAAACCAUCAACAGAAUCUUGUAUAAAAGCAUAUCCAUUUUUCUGGGGCUAGUCUAUAGCUUUUCUUGAAUUCUCAAAAGUUCCAGAACCUCAAAAUGGUUAAAAAUUACAGACUGGAUUAUUGCAGAAGUUUCUUCCAGCUCUAAGAUUCUAAGAAAACCAAUGCUCCAGCUUCUUUUGGGGUCAAACCUGGAUGGCUUAUUGGUUUCAUUUGGUUUUUUAAAGCUAAGCCUGAAUUCUCCGUCUAUACCAUCUGCUCCCUCCUUCCCCAACAAAAUA